CAAUUUCUCAUUUACCCAUUUAUCUGCGCCGCCGACCGACAAAAAAAAUCUCGGAGAAACCUAACCGGCGGGAGCCAUGCGUCUUCACUCAGCAAUUACUCUCCGAAAUUUGUUCACCAGAAAGUCUCUCCGAAUCCCACAGAUUCCAAGCAUUACAUCUUCUACGAUUCUCAUAAACUCGCUUAGCAAUGUCUCUGGUAAUCUCGGAUCUCCAUAUUCGAAAUCCAGUCUCUCCGAAACAUCAUCAGCUAGCUCUCUAAUGUCCCGGAUCCCAAACGCCUUCCAGGAGAAUCAGAGAAGAUACGGCACCGACACUAGCGGUGGCUCACCUGUAGAUGUAAACAAAGUAGUGGACGAGAUUAAUCUCAAGUUCGCUGAAGCUCGUGAAGAGAUCGAAAUGGCUAUGGAUGCGAAGGAGACGGUUUACUUCAACGAAGAAGCAGAGUGCGCUAGAGCCGCCGUGGCAGAGGUUUUGGAGAUGUUCGAAGGUUUGCUCGGGAAAGUAACAGAGAAAGAGAAAGCGUCUCUGCAGCGAUCCAUGGGACUCAAGAUUGAACAGCUAAAAGCUGAGCUUCAACAACUGAACGAAUGAUCGAUCAAUUGAUCAUUUUUGAUUCUGUGGAGAAACGAAGAGGUCAAAUUCAAAACAUUGAGUGAAGAUUGCAAUGCUUAAGCCUCUAUUGUUGCUUGCUUCUGUGACUACACACUCUUUUCAUUAGAGGAAAAAAACUUGAAACAAUUUAUUAUGUUACUAUUUCAGUGAGCUUCGUUGUGUGUUUUGAUCUUUACAUAGAUACAUUUGUUUCUGUAAAAGAACAAGAAUUAUCAGGAGGAAGAAAGAACUUAAACA